GGCCUCCUCGCAGCCCACCCAGUUACGCCGCUACUCUCCCUGCACCACAUCGACGUCAUCAACCCGAUCCUCCCAAAAGCCAGCCGCCUCCAGUCCCUCCAGCGCCUCACGCUCCCGAUGACCCUCGACCCGCCGGCGCUCAUGCAGCAGUCCAUCUGCUACGACCACAAACGGCACCGGACGGUCUCCGUCUCGUGGGGCCACGCCGUCCAGAUCGUCAGGGGCACCGUCUCCCCUCGCGAGAUGGAGAUGCCCGUCCGCACCUUCGUCAACUGGCACAAGAAAGCCGAUUACAGUGGCUACGCCUUCAACACCAGGUCCGUUCACCCGACGACGGCGGGGAAGAAGCGGGACAGGAGGGAAGAAGGGGGCGGCGGGGAAGAAGGGUCUCGAUGGGUGAAGGAAGAUGAGGUCUGCUGCUGCGGGAUUAAAACGACUUUGAAUUUUAAUCAAAUUUAUUUUAUUAUUUUCAGUAUAAGUUUACCUUUUUACCCUUAA